AGAACAUAUGUUUUUUCUAAUUUUGCAACUAGCAAAAAUCUAAUAAAUUGAGAGGAUUUCCAAACGUUUCGCCGCAGUUUUCGGACGUGUUUCAAUCGAAAAAGAGUAAAUUGCGAAAUUGUUACUAGCUUUUAGCAAGUGUAUGUGUGUGUGUGCUUUCUUCCUCUCUCUAUCUCUCACUUGAACUCUCUCUGUGAGCGUUUCUCUGCCGGUUCCACCGCAUUGAGAGAACUGUUAAGAAAAAAAAGGAUAUCGAAAAGGUGUUAAUUUCGAAAUAAAUCAAUAAACGCCAAAGAAAUACAGUGAAAUCCAUCGACAAACUGAAUACAUCAUGCUGCUGCAGCGGAACAAACUAGGCAGCGUACGGCCACCGAAGCGUUGCAGGAGCGACAUGGAUAACAUCUCCACCUCGGACAUUGUCAUCAUCAAUGGCAACUCGCAUCCAGAUCUGGCCAAUAUGGUGGCCGAGCGUAUGGGCCUCAAGAAUGGUGGCUGCUCCGUUUUCCACAAGUCCAAUCGGGAGACCAUUGUCGAGAUCAGUGAUUCCGUAAGAGGCAAGGACAUAUACAUCAUCCAAACGGGCACUAAGGAUGCUAAUAACAAUAUUAUGGAGCUACUAAUCAUGGCCUAUGCCUGCAAGACCUCCUCGGCUCGUUCAAUUGUUGGCGUUAUUCCCUACUUGCCGUAUUCCAAACAGUGCAAGAUGCGCAAGCGUGGCUGCAUUGUGUCCAAGCUGCUGGCCAAGAUGAUGUGCACUUCUGGCCUGACGCACAUUAUCACCAUGGAUCUGCAUCAGAAGGAAAUCCAAGGAUUCUUUGACAUACCGGUGGAUAAUCUAAGGGCAUCGCCUUUUCUGCUUCAAUAUAUUCAGGAGAGCAUUCCCGACUAUCGCAACUCGGUAAUUGUGGCCCGCAAUCCUGGUGUGGCUAAGAAAGCCAACUCGUAUGCAGAACGUUUGCGUCUUGGCCUGGCUGUUAUCCAUGGUGAACAGAAGGAGGCAGAGAGCGACGAGGUCGAUGGUCGCUACUCUCCACCACCGACCAGAAACUCUACUCCACAACAUGCCCCGAUCAGCAGCAGCAGCAGGCAGCGCACCACCUCGGUGUCGGUGGGUGUGCCGGAGCACAUUUGCAAGGUUAAGCCACCGCUGACCAUAGUGGGAGAUGUCAAUGGACGCAUAGCCAUCAUGGUGGAUGAUUUAAUUGAUGAUGUCCAGGCCUUUGUGGCCGCCGCCGAGAUGCUGAAGGAGAAUGGAGCCUGCAAGAUCUACGUGCUGGCCACGCACGGUCUGCUUAGCUCGGAUGCACCGCGUCUGCUGGAUGAGUCGCCCAUCGAUGAGAUCGUUGUAACCAAUACCAUUCCACAUGAGAUCCAGAAGCUGCAGUGCCACAAGAUCAAGACAAUCGACAUCUCCAUACUGAUUGCCGAGGCCAUUCGCCGCAUUCACAACAAGGAGUCCAUGUCCUAUCUCUUCCGCAAUGUCACGCUGGAGGAUUGAGGAUUAAUCCAUACGAUCCACAUACACUCACUACACAGCCUCCCAGUUCAUAGCUAUUGAAGAAGUCACAAAAAAUAGUUGUUUAUUUUGUUUGUUUUUCCCUUUGGAAACCAUUUUUGCUCAAAUAAACGAAUGAUAUCACACACACUGUAGCAUACUUUUAGGCCACAUCACACUACCCAACAUGUUUGUUCAUUGGUAAACCUAAAACCACUUCUAGUUCGUAAGUCAUAAGAUAUUCUACAACUUUGUUUAAAAUAAAAGCUGUAUGUACUCUA